AUACCUUCUUGAACAGCGAGAUGUGGAAAUUAAUGUCCGUGAUAAGUGGGACAGUACACCUCUGUAUUAUGCUUGCCUCUGUGGACACGAGGAGCUUGUACGCUAUCUUCUAGCUAAUGGAGCGAGGUGCGAGGCAAACACUUUUGAUGGGGAACGCUGUUUGUAUGGAGCUCUGAGUGAUGCCAUCCGACGUCUGCUGAAGGAGUACAAGCAGAUCACAGCGAAAUGCAUGAAGAGAGACUACUACGAUGUCUUCCUGCAGCGGUUGCUGGAGCAGGGUUACCAAAGCGACAUCGUCUUCAUUGUUCACGGCAAAUCCUUCUGUGCCCACCGCUGCAUUCUCGGCGCUCGCAGCGCCUACUUUGCGGAAAUGUUUGAGACCAAAUGGAAGGGGAAGAACAUGAUAGUGCUGAAGCAUCCCCUGAUUAAUCCAGCAGCUUUUGGCUCUCUUCUGCAGUAUCUAUACACAGGUCGUCUUGAUAUCGACGUCGAAUAUGUAAAUGAUUGCAAGAGGUUAGCCAAGCAGUGUCGGCUGCAGGACCUCAUAGACGACCUGGAGACCAAAUGUAAAAAAGUCUAUGAAUUUGUCUCUUCCAAGCCAGGGACCUGUGUGAAAGUGCUGACGAUUGAGCCCACAGGUAACUGCCAGUUGCAGGAAGAUCUGGCUCUUCUAGCAGACUGCGCCCUGCCAGCCGAACUGCGGGUUGGUUUUGGGGAGCUGCCGUUUGACAGCACCGACAACUUUAACAGUUGUGCCGACGUGUGUUUCCGGGUGGCAGACUACAACUUUUUGUGCCAUAAGGCAUUUUUCUGUGGUCGCAGUGAUUAUUUCAAAGCCCUUCUUGAAGAUCAUUUCAGUGAGAGUGAGGAGCUGCAGACACAGCCCAGCAUCCCUGUGGUGACUCUCCACAACAUCUCAGAAGACAUCUUCAUCCGGGUCCUCUACUACAUCUACAGUGAUGAUACAGAGCUGUCCCCAGACAAUGCCUAUGACGUGCUGUGCGUGGCAGACAUGUACCUGCUGCCUGGGCUCAAGCGCCUUUGUGGCAGGACCUUGGCUCAGAUCCUUGAUGAGGACAACGUUGUCAGCAUCUGGCGGAUCGCAAAGCUGUUCCAGCUGACCCGGCUGGAGGACCAAUGCACGGAGUACAUGGCAGAGAUCAUCGAGAAGCUGGUGGAGUUGGAGGAGUUUGUGGCUGCUGUCAAGGAGAAUGCGGAGGCUGUGGAGGAACGGCAGGAGACUGACUCCAUUCCUCUGGUUGAUGACAUCCGCUUCCACAUCACCAGCAACGUGCAGACUUACAGUGCCAUCGAGGAAGCCAACCAGAAACUUGAAGCUCUGGAAAACCUCCUGGCCAGUAUAGGGCUUGAGUGCUGAUGUGUGCAAACCCCGCCUGUCCUACGCAGCCUGCGCUGUCCCCGCUGGGCUGGCUCGGAGUGCGAGGACGUCCGAGUCUCGGAAUGUCUCUCUGCCCCUUCUUUGUCCUCCUUCCCAUCUGUUUUCAGGCAUGGUUUCUUUUUAAUUUAUUUAUGUCCAUACAUUUGCAUGUCUGGUUUGUGUUUGGUUUUGGUUUUUUGUUUCUCCUUUCAGAAGUAGCUCCCAAAGCUCAGCCCAAAUCAGUAGCUGCUCCGUUGUGUAAUACAGUGCGGACAGGAGACUGCAGGCUGUCGGGGGUGGUAAGGGCGCUGUUCUAGGGGACUUGGUACGUACGGCCCAGUGUUAGGACCCAUCCUGCUCUGUUGGCCAGCAACACACUUCUGAAUCUGUUUCAGCCAGGAUAUUUGUUGAAUUGCCACCAGCAGAGGAAGAAAACUGGAUUAAGCUCUCCAAAUAAGUAUAGUGGAAGGGAGCUGGCCUUUCUUUCUCUGUCAGCAUUAUAAGAUUGGCAAAGGUGGGCGGUGGUUCUUUAACAGGGACACAGGAGUACUUGGCUGAAGUACCGUCUUCACCUGCUAUGCUAGUUCUUAGAUGAAAAAAACCAAAGUGAUUUCCAGGUCUUCCCUAUCUUUUCAUUACUUCGAAG